GCGCCCGGGCCGUGGGCGGCCGCACAGCUCGCGCUCCCUGCAAGCGCAGGACGCACGCAGGAGUGAGCGGCCGCUGCCAGCCCAGCGGUUGGUGGGGGGGGAGCUGAGGAGCCCGGCGCGCUCCCGGCGGCGGGAAGGCGCGCGGCAUCGCGGAGCUCGCUCGUACAGGAACAAGACCCUGACAUCCCACGAAGGAGGCAGUGGAGGGAGGCCCCAGAUGACAAAUGAAGAAGACCUGGCAUACACACAGGAACUGUCUUUCCUGACACCCACCCAGAGGUGGUAGUUCCCCAGGUGGACUGCGUGGGUGCAGAGCUGCCACCCAGGACUCAGACACGCACCUCAGCUGAACUCUGGGCUGCACAGCUGGAGGCUAAACAGCGGAAGCCAAGGAUUUAAAUGUGGUCACCCCCACCCCUAGAGGAUUUUUCCGGUCCUGGGGCUGCAGCGUUGUGAGGCAAGGUGACACAGCGGGUUCACAGAGUCAAAUGAAGGGCGUGUCUUGGUGGACCAGAGGCAUCAACCUCAGUUCUCCUGGAGCCACACCAGAGAACAGCAGCUGAGGGUUGUCGGAGAGACGUGCGAACUGCGACAAAACUGCUUUGGCACCAAGCUGGUUGGUUCACCUCUACCCCGACGGAUAUAGCCAGAGUUGAGGAUCCCGCGGUUCAAAAGUUCAGUGGGAGUUGGGCGCGUCCUCCUCACAAGAGAGGAGAGUGGGAAGGGCCAGGUGGGAGUGGCGUGAACAGGGAAGGGGGGGGUGGACAUAUGUGAAAUCUGAUCUGGUGCCAAGGGAAGGGUGUGUUGCCAAGGACCCCAGGGCAACGACCGCUCAGCCUCCACCAGGCAUGUGUGACUCCUAAACUGGCAGAGACCGCACACAACACAGCCCGCUCAUGGAGAACUCCGUGGCGCCUUUCGUCCUCUACCCGGGGACGGAGCCGGGGACUCAGAGAGAGGACAGCCUGCCGCUGCCAGCCGAGGAGGAGGAGGGCGCUGCGUCCCCGGCGCAGACAUCCUGCAGUCUCAGCACCUCGCUGUGCUUCAGCUCCGGGGACGACUCCCCACCGCAGUCUCGCGCCUCUGCAGUGGAGGGCGCCGAGGCCUCUCCUCCUCCUCAUCGCAGCGACUCGCGUGUGGUGGAGACGCAGUGGGAAGUCAGCAGCGCCGCGUCCCCGGAGUCCCCGGAAGAGUGCGCGCGCCCGGAAGAGCCGGCUUCGCCGGAGGAGUCCCCUUCCCGCCACGAGGACGCGCGCCCUACGGAGUCUCUAGACGAGCUCGGGGAGCUCGUGCCGCUGCCGCCCGGGGUCGGACCCGCGCACGGAGAACCCGACCUGGUCAUCGAGGUGGCCGGUCGCCGGCUGCGGGCGCAUAAGGCGGUGCUGGCGGCGCGCAGCGACUACUUCCGCGCGCGCGCGUCACGGGACGUGCUGCGGGUGCAAGGCGUGAGCUUCACGGCCCUGCGGCUGCUGCUGGCCGACGCGUACAGCGGGUGCAUGGCGGGCGUGCGGCCCGACAAUGUGGCCGAGGUGGUGGCCGGCGCGCGCCGCCUCCAGCUGCCCGGCGCUGCGCAGCGCGCCACCGAUGCCAUGGCGCCGCAUCUGAGCCUGGAUAACUGCUACGAGGUGCUGAGCGCCGGCAAGCGGCAGCGGCUGAGCGAGCUGCGCGACGCCGCCUACCGCUUCAUGAGCGACCACUAUCUGGAGGUGCUGCGCGAGCCCGCCGUCUUCGGCCGCCUGUCCGGUGCCGAGCGCGAUCUGCUGCUGCGGCACCGCCUGUGUUCGGGCCGCCCCUGCCUGCUGGCUGCUGCGCUCGGACCCACCGGGGAGCGCGCGGGCAGCCGUCCGCAGAGCCCGUCCGGGGACGCGGAGUCGCGCGGGGACGCGGCCGUUUAUUGCUACCAGGCGGAGGCCGGGGAGUGGCGCGAGUUGACGCGGCUGCCCGAGGGCGCGCCAGCGCGCGGCUGUGGUCUCUGCGUGCUCUUCAACUACCUCUUCGUGGCGGGCGGGGUGGCUCCUGCGGGACCCGAUGGCCGCGCGCGCCCCUCUGACCAGGUGUUUUGCUACAACCCGGCCACCGACUGCUGGAGUACCGUGCGACCGCUGCGCCAGGCGCGCUCGCAGGUGCAACUGCUGGCCCUGGAUGGCCACCUGUACGCUGUGGGCGGCGAGUGCCUGCUCAGCGUGGAGCGCUAUGACCCGCGAGCAGACCGCUGGACCGCGGUGGCUCCGCUGCCCCGGGGCGCCUUCGCAGUGGCCCACGAGGCUGCCACCUGCAAUGGCGAGAUUUACGUGUCCGGGGGCUCGCUCUUCUACCGCCUGCUCAAGUACGACCCCCGACGUGAUGAGUGGCAGGAGUGUCCCUGCAGCAGCAGUCGAGAGCGCUCUGCUGACAUGGUGGCCCUGGACGGCUUCCUCUAUCGCUUUGACCUAUGUGGGAAUCGCGGUGACGCUCAGGCUGCAGUGGGUUCAGGUGGUGGGGUCAGCGUCUUCCGCUACCAUUGCCUGGCCAAGCAAUGGAGCCAGUGUGCUGUGCACCUGCGGCCCCCGGGCGCACUGUCAGGCCUGCAGCCCUUCCGCUGCGCCGCCCUGGAUGGUACCAUCUACUGUGUCAGCCGCGCGGGGACCUGGCGCUUCGUGCCUUCUCAGGACACUGAGGCUGGCAGCGAAACGGGACCUGGUGGCAGCUUUGAGCCCGAACCCCUGGGAUCCCCUCUGGAUGUCCGGGGUGUACUGUUUCCAUUUGUGCUCAACCUGCCUGAGAAACCGGACCGCGGGGAACAGGGAUCAGCUGCCUAGAACAGUAUCAGCUGUACAACUCCACUGUCCAGCAGCUGGGUGGGGGUGCAAGAGAGUGGGCUAGGACCCCCCGCAGUGGGGAGGGAGGGCAAAGAGGGUGCAGGAAAGGAGGAAGCUAUCGACAGGGCAGGCUGCUGGCCAUAGCGCAUCAUGCUAACGCUUUUGAGAGUAGAAGCUUCGCUGGUUCUGAAGACAUUUUUGCAAUGCUGUUUUAAGCCCUGCUUUGCAGUGCUGGAUUCUCCCGUUGCUUCACUUGCUUAGUGAGGUUCAUGGCAUAAAGUUUGGGAUGAUGCAGAUAAUCUGAUGCUUAAGGGAAGAGUCGUAGAGGCCACAAAUGAAGUCAGGGGUGGACAAGAGGUGUAAUGAAGAACCUGCCCAGUCCCUGCUGCAAGGCUCUCAAGCCUGAAUGGGAUCCUGAAAGUAGACCAGGCAUCAAUGCAACUGCUGAGGGAAGGUCACAUCCCGCACUGAGGUUUAAAACCACAAUUUAUAAGAUCUUACAUGACCUGAAAAGUUCCCUGCGUGAGACGUAACUUCAAGAAUAAUGUACCAAGUACCGAAGGUGAAUCUUUGUUGACCAGCAUGGUUUCUAGUCCCAAACAUACUGUGUCCAACACAAACACACAACCAGGCCUGUGUCUCAGAGCCAAGGCAUGCUUCAAGGCAACUGUGGAGAGGAUGUUAUUAGCGAGGGUGAUCAUUCAUCCUUGCUUAGAUUUGAAGUCUUUGGUGAUGAAACGUUAUCAGGAAGCAUGCUGAACAGGAAAAAACAGCCAGCAAGGGAGUCUUCCUAUUGAAAAGACCCUAGGACGGCAGGCUCUGCAUGUUCACCCCCUUCCCCAUUUUAGAAUAAACAAGGGCAAGCUUACCCACUCUAAGACAAGUUAAAAUCACAUGUUGACAGUUGCACGCUUUGAGCUCUCUACUUGGUUAUGUUUUGAAUGUGUCUUCUAUGAUUCUGAUGAGGGAGAUGAACCAUCUCCCAAGAAGGUGUGAUACCCUAAGUAGUAGGACAUGGAGAAACACAUGUGCUUGGAAUGUAGUUUAGCAAGUGUCGUUUAUCUAACUUCAAACACCCUAAUAGAGUUGAAAGGAAACGCAUAUGUAGACAAGGUUGCAAGGACCCAAACCAAAUCAGUUCAUGUUUCUCUCACGCAUUAGGAUGCUGUACAUUUUGAGCAUAUACUGACAAGGCUUACUAUUUAUUAGGAAGUUAAGGACCAAUGCAUGUUACAAACAUCUGGCCCAUUGUUUUAUUGCAACAGGGUCCCUACACGUUGAGAGUUUCUAGAACGCAAUUAGAGGAAGCUCUGCGCGUACCAUGUCAUCCCCAUAGAAGCUGGUGCUUAGCUGGGAGUUUGGUUAGGCUUUAGAGCCUGCUCUGAAAGAGUCAUAGUGAAGUGUGUUUAGAAACAACCAGCUUGGUUAUUCCGCAUGACCCAGAGGAAUGGAGUUGACAGUUUCUGUUUGGAUGUUCCAGUUGCUUUGUGCUUGCUCGUGAUUACUCAUAAACUAAGAGGAUGUCUUGGCAACUAGGUUAAUCAUCUUAGGAAAGAAAAACAGACUUCUUUAUGCCUGGUUUUAUUGGUCUUUCUUAGGAGUGUCCUGGAGGAAGCGGAGCAAAGUGAAACAAUGUUAUUCUCUAAACAAUGUUUAGAGAGAUGUUCCUUUUAUAUUGUAACUCUUUUUUUUUUAUUAAUGAAAUCGGUCCCUAUUUUCAUUCCUUCAGUACCUAACUUAUAAAAUGUCUUUAUGUGGUUUUGCCUGAGAAGUCAUUCCUCUGGCAUUCCCUUUUGAAAUUUGGCCUUUUGAGUGACACGACCCUGGAGAGGACAGAUGUACACCAGAGGAGUCUUCCUGUGGGGACUAGCAUGCUGUUGUGCCCCACAGAACACAAACAAAGCCCAGGGAAGUCAAAAGGGCUUAAUGUGUGGACCGUGAAAGGAAAAUUAGUUUAUUAAUCAUGAUUAGAUGUGUGGCCAGCCUGCUUUUGAGAGCAUAUAAAAUAUUUUAUAUCCUGUUUCUAAAUAAUGACCCUUAUGAAAACAAAUACUGCAGGCCCUGGCAUGUCUUAGCAACCAUGCAUCUUGUUCUUGGGUUCUGGGAGAUUUACUACUCAUCUGUCUUAGAUUCAUUUCAUGUUGACAUAAGCAAUUUAUGGGAGAGAGGGUUUAUUGUGGCUCAGAGUUCAGGUUACUUCAUGCUGUGGAAGUCACAGGGCAGGACCUCGAGGGAACAGGUGAUAUUGAUCUGCAGUCAAGAGACAACCUUGAAUGCACAUUACCGCCCAGCUCACUUUUCUCCAGUGUAUACAUUCCCAGGACCCAGUCAGGAAAUGGUGUGACCCACAGUGGACAGACAGCUCUUUCCAUUUCAAUGAAUGCAAUCAAGGUUAACUUCCGACAGGCAUGCUUAGAGGCCCACCUUCUGGAUGAUUCCAGGUCCUAUCAGUUAGCACUAACUUUAAUGCCUCCCACCCCCAAUAAACAGACGUGAACUCUGUAAGGUAUUGGUCUGGUAGUGAGAGGAGCAGGCAUCGCUGAGAUGUGCCUCCAGGGUGUGAACCAGGGUAGUAAGCCUUUCAUGUUCUACAUUCUGGUCACACUCUACAGUCCUCCUAGGAGGCUGGUUGGUGUGAACACAGAUCUGACUAUCAGUUCCAAGAGUCAAAUAAGGCUAAUAUGUUUGUGACACCCAUUCAUAAUCUCAGGACAGUAACCCUUGCACGCUGACGCCCCGGGCGUUUGAAAGAACAGUGCUGCUUCAAGGGGAAAAUGAUCGACACACGAAAGAUUGACCUUUUGUUUGGCUGAUGGGUAAUUACAUUUGUGUUGCCAGGGCUCAUUUGGGAUCCUAGGCAACGAGCUAAUGUUUCUUGGUUUUCUUUCUGUUUUGUACUUUGGCAUGGGACAAGCCCCACCUCUACUGCAGACUCUUGGCAGCUUCGCGGACUUGGAGUGCAAUGAUUCGGCUUCUAGAGAAAGGAUGGCAGGAGUUUCUGUAAUUCUAAGAAAACGAACAUUGUGGAAAUUUUGUUGGCUGCUUAGUUUAAUUUCUUACCUGUGCUGGCUUUGCUAUUUCGACAAAAAGCAAUGACCAAUGAGCUCUAGCAGCCCCGGUGACGACUGUGCGAACUCUUAGCAAACUGUCCAGUGUUAAAAUCGAAAGCCUUUGAGGUGGUCUGCGGAAGUGAGGCAGGAUGUAGGCACCUGGGGUGUCUUUGUGGGGGAUGGGAGCCCAAGCGUGCUUUAGCUUUGUGUCUGUUUAGUGCCUUCCCCAGCUUAGUUUUCAUCUUGACUCUCAAACAAUAUCACUGUCCCCCCCCCCUUUUUUUUUAAUAUCGUUCACAAGGAAGUAAUGACCCCAGCUAAACGUGGAACCGUGCCAACACUUCAGCUGCGUCUGCACUUUGUCACAAAUGACAAGUGGCCAUGUCAUUUAUGCUCUCUCCACACCCAUGAAGAGGACACUGGUCCUGGCAGCAGCUUCAUGUGGCUCUGUGGACAGGUUUGGGUUGAAGUAAAAGUCUAGGUGUAUUCUGAUGUGAGAUUGCAGUGCCCCCACGCCCCCCAUGCUCGGUAAAUCGCUCACCAGUACCUACUAACUAGCACUCACAUGCUGCCAUUUGGUAAAGAGCUGCACCUGCUUAAGGGACGGUCGGGUCAGGUCAGCCGUUACUGGAUGUGUAGUUACUGUGCUAACACUUGAGUUUUCUCCUAGGCGUGAGUAAUGUAAAACCCUUUAUGUUUGUCACCUGUGCCAAGACGAAAUAAACCAUGUGCCAGU